AUGCGAACUCAUACUGGUGAAAAGCCGCUUUUGAGCGAUGCAUUUUUGGAGUGCAGUGACGUUGGUUUGGGUGGCUCACUGCGCUCGAUCUGCCCCGGAAAUUUGCUUGAAGAACAAGUGCUCGCACCACAAUCCAGUCUGUCUGUGCCAACAAACGAAAAUUUUGCUGCGGAAUUGCUCAGAACAGAGCCUGCUUUAUUCAAAACUGUCUGUGAUUUGCUUGACGAACAAGUGCUCGCACCACAAUCCAGUCUGUCUGUGCCAACAAACGAAAAUUUGCUUGUUGGGGAAUUGGCCAGAACAGAGCCUGCUUUAUUCGAAAUUUACAAGCAAUUCGUCUUUCGGCCACCCGCAACCUUGCAUGCCGAAGCGGCCACCAAACAAUUUUCACUACAGUCAAUGCCGUGCGAAAAGAUGGAAUGCUCGUUGGCUGGAUACUUGUGUCAACAAACAAAUGUUAGCAGUUGUCGGUUCUAUUCUGACGGGCUUUUAAGCACUUUUGCUGUGCAGCGUUACAGCGCUGUUACAACAAUCAGAAAUGCAUAA